GAGCGGCGGGAUGGCACUGCCGGGUGGAAAUAAGGAUAAUAUCAGAGCUGGAUGCAAGAAGUGUGGCUACCCUGGUCAUCUGACAUUUGAAUGUCGAAACUUCCUCCGAGUAGACCCUCAAAGAGAUAUUGUUCUAGACGUUAGCAGCACUAGCAGUGAAGACAGCGAGGAAGAGGAACUACAGAGAUUACAAGCCAUGCGUGAAAAAAAGAAUUUAAAUGAAGAGGAGGAAAAAAAGAAGCAGAAAAGAAAAAGCAAAGAGAAAACAAAAUUAAAAAGACCAAGGAAAAGAUCUUCCUCGUCAAGUUCUGCAGAAGAGGAUGAGCCAAAGUCAAAAAAACAAAAAUCACACAAAAAAGAAAAAGAAAAGGGGAAAAAGCAUAAAUCUAAGAAAGGAAAGCAUCAUAAAAAGGAGAAAAAGAAGAGACGAAAGGAAAAAAGUUCAUCUUCUAACAGUUCAGACAGUUCGAGUAGUGACUGACAUGCUGGUCUAUUUUUGCAUUCAUUUCUGCCAAGAAGAUGAUUUUCCUUUCAUAGCAGGUUUAUUUAUGCUUUGCAAUGCUGUUGUAAAAUGGGAUAUAUAUUUUUUUUUGAGAAAUCUAUUUGCAUACAUCAGCGCUUCAAAUGGACCAUUUAUGAAAAAAAUCUACUUUUCUGUUUCAAGUUUUUUAGUACUAAACCUUGCAACUAGUUCUUCACUCUAAUUUUUAGUUCAGUUGUGAUUGUGUUUGUAAUCCUUUACAGUAGGAUGCAGUAAAUUUCAGUUUGCGUAGAAAACUGAAUUCUGUAGAAUCAUUUGUGUGGAAUGAUAUGGAUUUAAUGUCAGAAUUGUUACAUCAAGUUUGGAAAUUCAAGUAAGAUUUUCUAUUACCCUUUAAAUAAAUGUAUGUUUUACACAACA